GCCGCCGCACGGGACGCGGGGCCGCCGCUGCUGCCCGAGGGGAUCCGCCCGGCGGCCGCGCCGACCCGACCCGACCCGACCGGACCCGAGGUGCCGCGGGGUUCCUGCGCCGCACGUGACUCUUCUGACUACAUGAGCAGCAGCCAGCAACAGGCCUUUGGAGCUUUGACUCUCAUAUUCAUAGUGAGCUUCUAACCUGAUGAAUCGAGUGCUCUGGGUAGAAAAGCAUCUUCAGGAAGAAGAGUGCCAACACAGUUAUGAAGUGACCAGUUUCCUAUGUUUGCCACAACACCUGGAUGCUCGUAUCAGACAAUUGAGACAGGGACUUGCCUAUUGCCAAACUGCUUCCUUGGACAAGAUGAAGCCAAGGAGGAGCUUUCUGAUGCGCUGGAGUCGCAGUGACUGCUGCCCAAUUUAAAAUCGAUGUCAGACUGUGCCCCAGCUGCCUGGAGAGAUGAAAGAAGUGGUGCUGUGGUCACCCGAGGAGGUGACAAAUUGGCUCACGGAAAAUGCGGUGCCGGAAUAUUGUGAGCCAUUGAAGACCUUCACCGGGCAGGAUUUGAUCAAUCUCACGGAGGAGGAUUUUAAGAAGACACCUCUCUCCCGCGUGUCUUCUGACAGCGGCCAGCGGCUAUUGCACAUGAUUGAAACUUUAAAAAUGGCUCACCACAUCGAGGCUCACAAAAACGGGCACGUCAACGGGCACAUCCGCGUCAGCGUCAGCAACACUGCACGCGAGAACGGCUUCAGCAGUAAAGUGAAGCUGAACGGGAUGCCAAAUGGGUAUAAGAAGGAGAUGAUCAAGAUCCCCAUGCCAGAGCCGGAGCGCUCACAGUAUCCUAUGGAAUGGGGCAAGACUUUCCUGGCUUUUAUUUAUGCACUUUCUUGUUUCAUAUUUACCACAGUGACUAUCUCAGUCGUUCACGAACGAGUGCCUCCCAAGGAGGUGCAGCCUCCCCUACCAGAUGCAUUUUUUGAUCACUUUGAUCGAGUGCAAUGGGCUUUUUCUAUUUGUGAAAUCAACGGCAUGAUCCUUGUAGGACUGUGGUUUGUUCAGUGGCUGCUCUUAAAAUACAAGUCUAUAAUUAGCAGAAGAUUUUUUUGUAUAGUUGGCACACUAUACCUGUAUCGGUGUAUUACAAUGUAUGUGACUACACUCCCAGUACCUGGCAUGCAUUUCAAGUGUUCUCCAAAGCUUUUUGGAGACUGGGAAUCUCAUCUGCGAAGGAUAAUGAAGUUGAUUGCUGGUGGAGGAUUGUCCAUCACAGGAUCCCACAACAUGUGCGGCGACUAUCUGUACAGCGGCCACACCGUCAUAUUAACUCUUACAUACUUAUUUAUCAAAGAGUAUUCCCCACGGCGACUCUGGUGGUAUCACUGGAUUUGCUGGGCACUCAGCAUGGUUGGGAUGUUCUGCAUCCUUCUUGCUCAUGACCACUACACUGUGGACGUGGUGGUGGCUUACUACAUCACUACAAGACUUUUCUGGUGGUAUCACACAAUGGCCAACCAGCAAGCGCUAAAAGAAGCUUCCCAAACUAACCUCCUUGCCAGGGUCUGGUGGUACAAGCCCUUCCAGUACUUUGAAAAGAAUGUCCAAGGGAUUGUACCUCGCUCCUACCACUGGCCCUUCCCCUGGCCAGUGCUGCACCGGGGCCGGCCGGUGAAAUACAGCCGCCUGGUGAAUGACACGUAACAGCGUGUCCACGGACAGAGUCGGGGGAAAGGACCUGUCCCAAGUGCUAACAACUCCCUGCGAGAAGAUGCCAUAAAAAAAAAAAUCAGCCGCUCCCUAACCCUUUCUUUUAACAGUUCCCUUGACUUAACCUGUUCAGUUACCUGGUAAGCACUGUGAUCUUUUUUUCUCUCCAAAGGAUCUGCGUUGGACAACAAUAAAGAAAAUUUAACUUAUCAUGCACUGUUAUACAUUUCUUGUUAAUAGAUUUGGGAUUUACAUCUAAACAUCACCAUGUUCCUUUGUAUAUGAUGCGACAGCAUAAACGAAAGCUUUUAUAUCAUAAGUUCUGGUCUUUCCAGUCACGUCUGGGAAUAAAGCAUAUUAUUUUCUUGGGAAAACAUACUUUUCAUAUCUCUUGCCCCAAAGAUUGGGCUGUAAGCCAUUUUCUAGCAAAUGACUAUAUGAAGGUUUCUAUAUACCUGCCUUGGGUAAAAUUGAGAAAUCUUUCUACCUGUUGCACCGCGCUAUGAAUAAGAUGAUAGACACAGGAAGGUUUGGUAAUCUUGCUUUUGUAGAAUCUGCAGUGACUGUGUCAAAAAGUGCAAAAAAAAAUAGAGAAAAAAAAAAGAAGAAAAAAAAAAAGUUGUAAAGUGAUUUUCUAAGUAUUUCCUAACUUUAUUUUUCAAAAUGUGUAUGAAAAUUAAAUUUAAAAAGAUUUUUACAUGUCAGAGAAUAGAGAGUUAAAAUUUAAAGAAAAUGCUUCUUGGGAGAGAGAGAUUUGUCUAUGUUUCUAGUGCCUUUCUUGUCUUGAUUGUAUGGUCAGUAGGCAGUCUUACAUGUUUUUAUUUAAAAUAAAGUAUUCCAUGAAAGCAGAAUUAUAUAUACUGUAUAAUUACUAAUUUUUGCAUUUAUAGCUAAAUUAAACUGGAAAUUUGCUUAUAAUGUUGAAAUUGCCAUGUGUAGGGAAAAAAAAAAAAGCAAAACCAAAUAAAAGGGGGCCGAUCUUGCUCACACAUUGUGGGCAGGGCACACUAAAAGGUAUCACUUUAUUGUCUACUUGGUAGCUGUAUUUUAAAAAGAAAAACAGCCAUGAAUUCCUGUUUUUUAAGAAUUCUACAAAUGAUCACUGAGUGAACUACGAAUGGUUUCUCCAUCCUGUAUUGAAAUGUUGUUGAAAAACAACAAAGAUAAUCUAUUUCUUUAAAAUAUUUGUGCAGAAACUGCAUGUAAUUACAAGUUUCACUCCUACCAUACAUACUGUAUGUUUGGGGAAGGAUUCUAUCCUAAACUUGCCAAUGUGCAGAACAAAAUAGGUUUUUUUAAAGAAUGAAGAAGAGAAAAUAUAUAUAUAAAUAUAUAUAUAUAUCCAUUCUGUAUUUUACGUGAAGCAGAGUUAUCUUCUGUAGGGUUUUUGUGUAUUCACAAGGUGAUAUUUGUAUUGUAAAACAACAAUGGUGAAGGAAAAUAAAAAGGCUUUUGAAAAAUGUAGUUUCAUUUAUCUUUUUAAUAUUAAGUUUAAAUUUAAAGCUGGGUUUAUUCUUCCAAACCUUGCCUUUAAUUUUAUGUGUUAUUGCACUGUAGGCCAUCAAAUUUGGACUGUAUGGAAACUGCACUGAUUGUGAAUUGCUGUUCACGUUGGGCAAAACAGUGCCUUAUCUGAAAUAAAUGCUAUGCAAUAGAUUCUGAUCGUGCGGGAGCCGGGAGCGGAUGGGAGAAGCCUUCCUGGGAGUCAUCACCAGGGCUUGAAAAAUCUACCCCAAAACUGCUGGGAUGGAGUGGGUGGCAGGGUAAACAUCCCUGAACCCCAGAUCUGUCAGUCUGGUCACUUAAAUGAAAAAAAGAAAAACAACCAAAAACAAGAACAAAAACAAAGAAACAAACAAACAAACAAAAAAAAUAACCCAACCAAAAAAAACCCAACAAAAAAAACCCCCUGACAUUUCUGUGAGUACAUGGCAGUGAAACUGUAAUUUCUUUUUUCUUCUCUUUUUUUUUGGGGGGGGUGGGGGGAGGCUGGUUUAUCCCUUCUUCUCUGCCCUGUUCUUCCUCAGCCUUGGCCAAAAGCCUCCUUGAAGAAUUGCUGGGGUGUUACUUCUGCUGCUUGGCCUCACUGGUGCUUGGGAUGUGGAACGAGACCCAUUUCUUACCAGUUCUUUCUUUCCCUGGAAGGGAGGGGAUUUCUUCCUGCCCCCUGCUUCUUGGCAGUGUUAUUUGCAGAGCUGCCUGUGAAUUUUAGGGAUGAGCUCUGAAUGCUUUACCUUCAAUUCGUGGUAUUGUCUUUGCAGCUAUGUGGUUGAAUUAUAUUAAAAAAAAAAAAAAAAUCCAAGCCACCCCGGGGUGAUUGCUUGAGAGAAUCGACGCUCCCAGAUGUAAAUGAACAAGUAGAUUUUUCAAGACCUGGCAUCACGCACAUCGAAACCAUUGACAUAUGUAAAUGUAUGGAUUUAUGCACAUGACAUUAAAUGGAAUCUGCUGAA